CCCUCAACCCCUCCCUUCUAAAACCCAACAUUUAUUUUCUCCAUUUUGUCAAACCCACUAAAUAUUCUUUCUUUUCUUUUAAUUAAUCAAAAAUUAAGAGAGAGUUUAAUCUUAAUCAACCACUAAUUACCAUGGUGGUAGCUUCUCCAAACCCUCUAAAAAGAAGCAAGAAAACAAAGGCCAUGGGAGUUCCAACCAUUGAUCUUUCUCUUAAAUAUCAACAACGUUCUACCUUAACCGACCUCAUUGUUGAAGCUUGUGAAGACUUCGGAAUUUUUAAGGUUGUUAAUCAUGGGAUUUCCACGGAGGUUAUCUCCGCCCUUGAAAACCACGGCCUCGACUUCUUCUCGAAGCCGACGCCGGAAAAACACCUUGUCGUGGGCCCCACUGUCCCCAAACCCUUUGGCUAUGGCUUCCGUAACAUUGGCAACAAUGGUGACGUGGGUGAUCUUGAAUACCUUCUCCUUCACGCUAACCUCUCUUCCACCCAUCCACCUCUUUUCGGUGAGGCGGUGGAUGAUUACGUGGGGGCAGUAGCAGAUUUAUCAUGUGAACUCUUAGAUCUGAUGGCUGAGGGUUUGUGGGUCUCUGAUAAAACGAUCUUUAGCAAGUUAAUCAGAGACGUUCAAAGUGACUCUCUUCUCAGAUUAAAUCACUACCCUCCAUUAAAAAACAAGGAUUCAUUCAUCAACGGUUCUGGAGAGCGUAUUGGAUUUGGGGAGCAUUCUGACCCUCAGAUCUUAACCAUCUUGAGAUCCAACGAUGUUGGAGGCCUCCAGAUUUGUAUGCCUGAUGGCUUGUGGGUCCCUGUUCAACCAGAUCCUAAUGCCUUCUAUGUUAUGGUGGGAGAUGCUCUUCAGGUAUUAACAAAUGGAAGAUUCGGAAGUGUGAAACACAGGGCAAUGGCAAACAAUUCAACAACCAAAGCAAGAAUGUCAAUGAACUUUUUUGGAGCGCCACCUUUGAACGCCACAAUUUCUCCGAUACAAGAAAUGGUGUCACCUAUGAAUCCAAACCUAUAUAAGCCAUUUACAUGGGGAGAAUAUAAGAGAGCAAUGCAUUCUUCAAGGCUAAGUGAUUGUCGUCUAAACCUAUUCAAGAGACGUAUUAAUGACCAAUGAUUUUAAUCAAGUUAACAUUAAUUAUUAUGGUCCGUUUUCCUAGUUUAGUAGAAGUAGAUUAUAUUGGACUAGAUCGGAAAUUAUAUUUCCAUUUUUGGUACAAAUCCAUCCAUCCAUAUUAAUUAUUAUAAUUAUUAUUAUAAUAAUUUUUAAUUAUGACCUUGUGGUGGGCUAGUAGCUAGCUAGUUGGAUAGGGACAUUUGGGAAAAAAAAAAGAAGCUUGUAAUGAUGUAUAUAAUCAUGGGGAGGUUUUUUAGGAGGUGAAAUUAUUGGAUGAUGAUCUCUUUUUUGAGUUCUAUACUCCAAAUCUUUUGCGUGGAAGACAACCGCCAUUAUUUUAUUGUAAUGUAAUAUAGGCCUAUGGUUAAUUAAUUAAGCAAAGUCAAAAUUUAUUAGAAGAA